AUGUCAUUUAAUAUUCGUGAAAUCACGACCCUUGCUUUUAGUGCUAGUGCCCUUGUAGCUGUUGCCUUUCCAGCACUUUUCUACCUUAAUAAAUAUGUCACAUUAAAAUGUUUAGACAAACGAAUUGCAUCUUUAGAAGACCAAAAAUGUAAAAAACUUUUAUUGAUUGCCGAUAUUCCAAGACAAAUCCACUACAAAGCCGAAUUAUUAAGAGGGCAAGCUAUAAAAUUAACACAAGAAAAAUCAAUGUUUGAAAAAGAGGCAAAUAAAACAAUUCCUAGGUUGCAAGUAUUAAUGUGGUUUGAAAGGUGUAAAGAAGAUCAAGUGAAUAAGAAAAUAAUAGAGGAAUACUUAGAGGUUAUUAAUAAUAUAAGGGAGCAGAUUUUGAGAAUGGAAGAGGAAAUUAGAAGGAUGAGAACGGAGUCAAAUGAUCUGAUGAAAAGCGGCGCCAGAAGGGCACGAGAUAUAUUGAAAGCCGAAAUUAAAGAAUUUGAACGACAAAUUGUUGUUGAACGGAGCCGGCAUAAAAUUAUUGAAAGCAGGACACUGAAAUUGUGGUAA